UUGCAAUUCUCUCCAUCCCGGCCGGCUCUCCAAGCUGUUAGCUUCACCAUUCAGCAUUCACCAAACACUGGUUCCUCCAAUGGAUCUCGCUCUCCUCCUAGCGCUCAUGGCCAUCGCCUUCCCAGUGCUCCUCCAUCUCCUGACGAGAGCCAACAAGACACGGCCGGGCACGGCCAAGCUGCCCCCGGGCUCCCUGGGCCUGCCGGUGAUCGGCCAGAGCCUCGGGCUCCUCCGCGCCAUGCGCGCCAACACCGCCGAGCGGUGGGUCCAGGACCGGGUCGACCGGUACGGCCCGGUGUCCAAGCUGUCGCUCUUCGGCGCGCCGGCGGUGCUCCUCACGGGGCCCGCGGCCAACAAGUUCGUCUUCUUCAGCGGCGCGCUGGCGCUGCAGCAGCCCCGGUCCACGCAGAGGAUACUGGGGGAGAGGAGCAUCCUGGAGCUCACGGGCGCCGACCACAAGCGCAUCCGCGGCGCGCUCCUCGAGUUCCUCAAGCCGGACAUGCUGCGGCUGUACGUGGGCAAGAUCGACGGCGAGGUCCGGCGCCACCUCGACGAGAACUGGGCCGGCCGGGCCACCGUCACGGUCAUGCCGCUGAUGAAGAGGCUCACGUUCGACAUCAUCUCCCUGCUGCUCUUCGGCCUCGAGCGAGGAGCCGUCCGGGACGCCCUCGCCGGCGACUUCAAGCACGUCAUGGAUGGCAUAUGGGCCGUCCCCGUGGACCUGCCGUUCACGGCGUUCCGCCGGAGCCUGAAGGCCAGCGCCAGUGCUCGCCGGGUGAUCGCCGGGAUCACGCGGGAGACCAAGGCCAAGCUGGAGCGGGGCGAAGCCUCCCGGAGCAGCGACCUCAUCGCGUGCCUGCUCAGCUUGACCGACGACGCCGGCGCGACGCAGCUGAGCGAGGAGGAGAUCGUGGAUAGCUCCGUGGUGGCCCUCGUCGCCGGCCAUGACACCUCGUCCAUCCUCAUGACGUUCAUGGUCCGCCACCUCGCCAACGACCCGGACACCCUCGCCGCCAUGGUCCAAGAGCACGACGAGAUCGCAAAGAACAAGGACGACGGCGAGGCCCUGACAUGGGACGACCUGGCGAAGAUGAAAUUCACGUGGCGCGUAGCGCUGGAGACCCUCCGCUUGGUGCCUCCCAUCUUCGGCAGCUUCCGGCGAGCCCUGGAGGACGUCGAGUUCGACGGCUACCUCAUCCCCAAAGGAUGGCAGGUGUUCUGGGCGGCGAGCGUGACGCACAUGAACCCGGCUAUCUUCCACGAGCCGUCUAAAUUCGAUCCGUCCAGGUUCAAGAACCAGUCGGCGGCGACGGCGCCACCAUGCUCGUUCGUGGCUUUCGGCGGCGGCCCGAGAAUCUGCGUCGGCAUGAAGUUCGCUAGGAUCGAGACGCUGGUGACGAUGCACCACCUGGUCAGGCGGUUCCGGUGGAAGCUCUGCUGCAAGGAAGACACCUUCGCGAGAGACCCCAUGCCGUCGCCGCUGCACGGCCUACCCAUCCAGCUCGAGAACAAGUCCUCUCUCUGAUCAGGACAAAAAUCGGCAGCGACAAUUUGCACAACAGGAUUACAUCAAAGAUGCCCCACAUGGAAACGUAUUUUAAUUUGAUCCCACAAUAGGAUAACGUAGAGCACCACACCACUUGCAACAAAUUAUUAGUCGUUUUGGCUUUUUCUAGAUUCAUGGACUUUAUUUACGCGUCUACAUAUGUAUUAUAUCUAGAUAUAUAACUAAAUAUAUGAAUCUAGAAAAGAUAAAACGACUAAUAAUUUGAGAGGGUAUUAGUGAACUAGUGUACAAUAGUGUGUGAUACAGUGUUGGCCUCACCAGAGUAGAAUUGAUGGGCACAUCAUGACAGCUGAGAUAUAGGACUAGUUCUUCCCAAACAAUCCAUGCAGUUUUCCGUUUCCCGUUUUCAGCAUCCCACCAGAAGUCAUGGAUGAUGCUGGUAAGGUCAUCACACAAUCCCAAUGGUAGCUUGAAGACACUCAUGCUGUAAGUUGGGAGAGCUUGAGCUACUGCUUCGAUCAAUAUUUCUUUAGCAGCUAUAGACAUGCGUUUUUCGGUGUAAUCCUGUAGACGUUUACUAAGCCAUUCUUUUAGGUUC